CCUCCAAAAGCAAGGAGGGUCCCACCUUGUUUGGGCAUCAAGGUUAUCUUAUCUUAUAAGUACAUGAUUGAUUGUUUCAACUUUCAUUGAAUAAUAUUAUCGAAUGAACCUAAAUAUGAUGAGUGGUAGAAAACAACGUGUGAUGAUGGUACCAGCUCCAGCCCAAGGACAUGUGAAACCUCUUAUGCUUUUGGCUCACAAGCUUGCCCAACAUGGCUUUAGAAUCACUUUCGUUUACACUCAACUCGACCUCAACCAGAUCACGAGAGCCAUGGAUGAGACUAGAAUUGGGUCCUCAGAUGUGAAUAACAUCGAAUUGGUGUCAAUUCCAGAUGGGUUGGGUCCUCAGGAAGAGAGAAGUAUGAUCAAUAAAACUAAGUCAAUUGUAGAGUAUUUGCCUAUGGAGAUUGAAAAGCUCAUAGCAAGUAUUAGUAGUACUACUUCCGAGUCCAACGACAAGAUUAGUUGUGUCGUUUUUGAUGCAUUUUUGGGGAUUAGCGUUGAUGUUGCUACUAAGAUGGGUAUUCAAGGAGUACUAUUUUCUCCCUCUUCAGCUGCUGCUCUUGUCCACGCUAUGAAUAUCCAAAAUUUAAUAUGCGAUGGCGUCAUCGAUAGUAAAUAUGGAACAUCCACUCAAAAACAAAUGAUUCAAUUAUUACCUGGUAUGCCUGGCAUAGACACAUCAUGUUUACUAUGGAAGUUAGAUGAAUUAGACUCACAACAGCUACUAUUUCAACUAUAUCUCAAUAUUGAACAAGCUUUGAAAUCAGCACAAUGGUGUCUCUGCAAUACUACUCAUGACCUCGAAUCUGUUGCUCUACAUUCAUCUUCAAGUUUUCUCCCAAUAGGCCCAUUGAUGGAAAAUAAAAACCAUAGUACUCCUUCAACUAUUUUAGGAUCACAAUUUUGGGCUGAAGACACAUCUUGUUUAACCUGGCUGGAUCAACAUGAGGCUGGUUCAGUAAUAUACGUAGCAUUUGGUAGUAUCACAGUCCAUAAUGAAAAACAAUUUCAUGAGAUAGCUCGUGGACUAGAGCUCACGGGUAAGCCAUUCCUUUGGGUUGUUCGUUUGGGAUAUAUCUCAAGUGAUAAUGAACAAGAAAAGGGAUUUGAUCCUUAUGAAUUGUUGGGCAAGAAUAGUAAUAUUGGAAAGAUAGUUAGUUGGGCACCUCAAGAAAAAGUUUUGAGUCACCCUUCAAUUGCUUGUUUUAUUACCCAUUGUGGUUGGAAUUCAACUCUUGAAUGUUUGAGCAUUGGGAAUGGGAUACCUUUUCUAUGCUGGCCUUAUUUUGCUGAUCAGUUCUUGAACAAAGAUUAUAUAUGUAAUGUUUGGAAGAUUGGAAUGGGAUUCAUAGCUGAUGAAAAUGGAAUCGUAACAAGUGAUGAGAUAAAAAAUAAAGUAGACAAACUUCUAAAUGAUGUAGAUAUAAGAAGAAGAUCAUUGAGUUUCAAGGAAAUGGCUAUGAAAAGUAUAGCCAAAAAUGGUCAUUCUUCAACAAAUUUGAACAAUUUCAUCACAUGGUUGGAAGCUCUCUGAGAGUCAAACACAUUACAUAUUUUUCUUCUUCUUGAUCUAUUUUACUAAGUUAGUAUAUAUUUUGUACUAUGUCAUUUCAUGUACUGUGGUGCGCUGUAAUAUUUAUUAAAAUAAUGAUACUUUUCAACUUUUAUUGUAUUUAUAAAUGUGACUAAGAGCAUCUCUAUUUGAGCUGCAAAUAACAAGUGAAAAGUUAAAAUGUACUAUUUUUUUAUUUA